AUGGCGACCUCAAUCGACACACCUCUUCCUCUUCCUCACAUGAAACAGGAUGAUGAUACAAACGUUGUCAAUUCUUCUUCUCCGCAAUUUAGUCCAUCUUCCGAUAAGCGAUUCUGGAGCACUCUUCGUAGUAGAAUGGAUUCACUUCUCGAUAAUCCCCAUCACAUCAAUUUGAAUGAACGAGGAAACAACAGAUUGAAGGAAGAUUCUUUGUUACUGAUAAGAGGGUUUGAUUCGGUUUCUCAUACACUCUCUCUUUUGUCUAGUAAUUUGGAUAAUGCAUUACAGAGUACCAGAGAAUUGGGAAAACCACCAACGUUAACUGAUAUGUUCCAAAGCAAAAUUGUUGAGUCCGAAAAGAAAGAAGAGGAUUCAGAAGAGAAAGAGAAAGAGGAGUUGAAGAAAGGAGUGAAAAGGAAAAUUGAUGAAUUCUAUGAAGAAAAUGUUACAGAGUCACAAACAGAAAAUGGACAGAAAAUGCAUGAUAAGCAUAUCAAGAAAGCAAAAAAUCUUGCAGUUUCAAUGGCUAGCAAGGCAAGCUCAGUUGCAAGGGAAUUGAAGUGUCUUAAGUCAGAUUUAUGUUUUAUGCAAGAGAGAUGUGGUUUGCUUGAAGAAGAGAACCGAAGGCUGCGUGAUGGAUUUGCGAAAGGAGUUAGGCCUGAGGAAGAUGAUCUGGUGAGGCUUCAGCUGGAAGCACUUCUUGGUGAGAAGGCAAGACUGGCAAAUGAGAAUGCAAAUCUGAUGAGAGAAAACCAAUGCCUUCACCAGCUGGUGGAGUAUCAUCAGCAUACAUCGGAAGAUCUCUCUGAGUCAUAUGAGCAAGUCAUUCAAGGAAUGUGCUUGGAUUUCUCGUCUCCUCCACGAACAAUUGAUGAAGAAGAAGAAGAUGAUGAUGUUGAAGACAGUGUGUAG